GGAUUCCCCUUUCCGCAAAUUAAAGUCGCUGGUUAGGGGAAAAACGAAAAAGAAGCUAGAUGGAAAAUAUGGUGUAGAAUAUCCACACAAAAAAACAACACUUACAAAACUUUGUGCUGGGCAUGCUGCGAGUAUUAGUCAGCAAGGACAUUCAAGAUAGCAAAAUUGAUUCUAACAGUUUUUCACAAUGCAACAUCAAAGAAUCACAAUACUCGGCUGUGUUUAGGGAAACUUCUGAAUUUAACGACUUGUCCAUCGAAACGGCCCCUUAUUCGGAUUAUUGGGGUUAUGCUAACCAAAACUUCUGUUACAAUGUGUGUCAUUCCUGUUCUGGACAUAAUAUGGAUGAUUUUAGUGAAACGAAUAUUGAACAAGUAGACACUGACCCCGCUGUCAGUCACAGUAAUGAUGAACCUGGUUCUGAGAGGGGAAAUGCGAUGGCUACGUGCAAUCGUUUAUCAAAGUACAGUGUCAAGAGACUUGAAGAAAAGAUGCUUGACCUUUGUUCACUGCAAUUGCCAUAUCCUGAUGGAGGCAAUUUCUUAACGGACAUUAGUAACAACAUAUGGCAACUUCAAGAGUUGAUAACUUCAAAAGGAGGCUCCUUACAAACAAGACAGUCUGAAGUCAUACUCACAAUAAAGCAAGAUUCAGUUGAAAAUUCCACAGCAAUUUCGGGGUCAGUCUUAAUUGACAUCCCAUUCAUAAGGAAGAAAUUUAAUCUAAAAAGUACACAUAUCGUGGUAGCACCGGCUGUUGAAUAUCAUUUUCAUGAUGAAACACAACUGACAAGACAUGCUUGCUUGGAACUACCACACUGCAUGAGCAGUCGAAAGGUACUUAAAAUGCAAGUCUGGUGGUGUGCAAAUGUGGGCGGAAACAUCACAAAACACCCGGUUCCACAUGCUGAAACAAAGGAGGAUAUUUACUGGAUGAAGGGAACGAGACCAAAUACAAUCAAUGUGUUCGCUAAGCAUUUCUGUGUCAUCCUUUGCACGGCGUGCGAGGAAGAUGUUGAGUUCGACAUCCGAGCAUUGCUGUUCCACAAAUUUGGCGAUGUUUCAGACCCAUUGUCUCUCACGAUACUACUUCAGCUCGGCGGGCCACUGUCAAAGAUACGGGACUUCGAACGGGACAUCAAAGACAGGAUGAAAGCGAAACAUCUGACAUUCGUUGAAGACGCCAAUAUUGAUCUUAUUCCACAAUUAGAAGGUGUCCUCAAAAUUUACUUGGAGGUGAUAGGAAGGGCCAGUGGAAGCUGGGUUCAUAUGAAGCGAGCCAACGGUGAUCCCGUCUACGAAAGUGAGCAGAGGCUCGACGUUAAAAAAAUAUCAAAAUGUGGCAAUGAACACGUCAUAAACAAUUGUGACGUGAAAUGGUGGCUACAACGCUCGACAGCUUUGACAAGUGCAUGCUGCUUUUAUACUGAUGUCAAACACGAUACUGCUAAUGAGGCUUUUGCAAAAACGACCAUCCAUGCAGAUUUAAAGGUGCCUGAACACCUCAACUCAAGGACUCGAGAUCGGGACGACUCCAAUCUUGAACUCUUACAGCGGCCGUAUAAUGACGUACAAAUGUAUAUGCCAAGAUCAAACCGCUAAAUAUCGACGAGGGUCCUACUAAUCCACUGCGGGAAAUAUCUGAUAUGAAUAUGAAACCCACGUUCGAUUGACAUUGCCUUUAUGUUUUAUUAUAAGUCUAUCUCAUCAAUAUUCUGGAAAUUUACACGGAGAUGAGAUAGAUAGCUGCGAUCGUAGCCCCUGGGCCCGUUUUCAUACAAUAGGAUACAAAAUUAAAUGGACACAGGCCAUUAUGCCUCUAUAUCCAUAUCAAUAACUAUACAUAAAAUGAAAUAAAAUUAAUGUUCACUUUCUGGUAAUAGAUCUGAAGCCAGCAAGAUGGUUAAAUUUUGAGUUGCAAGCAUUAAGUAUUAUUAAGUAUUAAGUAUUAUAGAACGUUACUUGUAUUAGAUCUCCCAUCAUAGGAUUUUAUAAACAGGUAGACCCUUGGCAGAGGCCCCUCCCUUUGGUGGCCAUGCGAGAAAUGGGGCUACAUCAACGUCUGAAUGCCAUGGUCACUCUCUCAGCAAAGUUAGCAUGAACGACGUUAUGAGUGACGUAAUGCCCGACGCUCUCUCUGUCUAGAAAAUGUUUCAUCAAUCUAUUUUGUUGAUCACUGCCCGGAUCCGAUCUGACUUCUUUAGGAUGUCUGUCCUAACCCAAAAUCCUGUUGAAUCCAUCGAUAAUCGUGUUGUGAAGAGCUUGUUUUUAAGAGGGGCAAUCCAUUCACUUCAAUAGGGAAGAAUAAAUACCAAAUUAUAUCCUCCCCCAAUAUUGGAUACGUCUGCCUAAUCAACAUUCCAUAAAGUCUCUAUUAACUGAAAGCCAAUCAUCUUCCUGAUCUUGAAAUUGUAGUGUAGAUGACGUUUUAAGCUGAAUGCAUCAACAACCUGAUGGAAACGACGAAUGGCAUGAAUUCCUACUUAGGACUUUCCUUCAAUUUGUAGAUCUUUUCUGGCCCUGCGUAGCUACUCCAACCCUCUCCGUCUCAUUGUUGCAGAAUUGAGCAACACCAAGCUUCAUACAGUUAUAUAUUGUGAGGAAAUAUAUAUCUACAUAGGAGUAAGGGGUGCUUUUAUUUUCUUUAAAUACUAAACAGAAGCAGACGCAUGUGCCCCAAUCUACAAUAAUAAUGAUGUGUGUUGAAAUGUCUAUUCUACACCAUUGCAACUAUAUUCUAGGCACUAAUGAAUGGUGCAGUUUCCAUCGUCGGUCAUUUUUUCCCUUUAAAUCAAUCAUAUUGUCACUACUAUUCAUAAAACCUUAAUCAAGGACUUUGACUACUAGUAUAAGUCAGAAGCGUCCUUGGGGGAAGGAAAAUAAAUGGUGACUCUUGCCCCAGGGGCCAAAGUGGUGGGACCCAAUAAGGGGAAAAGAAGCAAGCCCUUGAAAUCGGUACUAGUCCUGUGCGAGUGAAUGGAUUUUGACGAAAUUAUGCCCAAUAAGGGCAUCAUGUGCAUCCUUGGCGAUGGGCAAUAUAAUAUUGUAUAAAUCAAUGGUAACUUUGGCCCUCCUGGGGGUAAGUCUUAUUCGCCGUUAGUCAUAAAUGGACUGAAUGGAUUUGAACAUUUGGUUUGAUGGAUUUGAUCAAAUUUGGUCUACAUCAGCAUUGGGAAAUGAUGCAGAACCCCCCAUAGCAUAGCAUAGAGAAAGUAAAGAAGUCAAAAGACAACUUUUUCACUUCCUUGAAUGGUAUUCAAAGAAAGGUGGAUCCGACAAUUUUAAUGAUGAAAUAUCUAGGUGAGCUAUUGGAACUAUUGUUUGGUGGUUAUGUUUAUAUGCUUAACAGCCACAAAGGAUUCAAUACACAAAAUGUGUACAAACGCAACAUUUCAACUCCCCUGCCCCAAGGGCUAGUGAGCCAAUAUGUAGUGGCGCGGCGGCCGUUCGUCCAGCGUAACCUUUUACAUUUAAAGAACUUCUAAAUAAUCAAGAGGCCCAGAGACCUGAUAUUUGGGUCUAUGGCAUGCUUGGGUGAAGGACUACUAUGUUCAUUCAAG